AUGGUGGAAGCUGUACAGUGUUACGGCCGCAAGAAAACCGCCACAGCCGUCGCAUAUUGCAAACGCGGCAAAGGAUUAUUGAAAAUAAACGGAUCUCCAAUUCACUUGGUUGAGCCAGAAAUUCUCCGGUUUAAAGUUUACGAACCUAUUCUGGUUCUCCGGCAACAUUUCAACCAUGAUAAAUUUGCCAAUGUCGACAUUCGCGUGCGUGUCAAUGGUGGUGGUCAUACUUCACAGAUAUACGCUAUUCGUCAGGCAAUAGCAAAAGCGAUAGUAGCCUAUCAUCAAAAAUAUGUCGACGAAGCAACAAAGAAAGAGAUUAAAGAUACGUUGAUCCGUUAUGACAGAUCCUUGUUGGUUGCAGAUCCCAGGCGGUGCGAGCCAAAGAAGUUUGGAGGACCGGGUGCCAGAGCACGGUAUGCUAUUAUUAUUGUUUUUGUGAAGAGAAUAGAGUGA